CAAGUCCCCAACUGACCAAAAAUUUCCUUUUCCCUUUUUCAACAACAAAAUUUUCAUUUCAACUUCUCGGCAUAGCAAAAUCUCUACUAUAAAAACUGUACUACACGAAACUCCGGCUGCAAUCGCAGCUGCAGAAGUAAACAAAGAUGAGCACUGUAGAUAAAAUGCUUAUAAAAGGCAUACGGAGCUUUGACCCCGAGAACAAAAACGUCAUCACUUUUUUCAGGCCAUUAACGCUCAUCGUCGGCCCUAAUGGCGCUGGAAAAACCACUAUAAUUGAGUGCUUGAAGGUUGCCUGCACUGGUGAGAUGCCACCAAAUGCUCGCUCCGGUCAUAGCUUCAUCCAUGACCCUAAGGUGGCUGGAGAGACAGAGACAAAGGGGCAGAUAAAGCUGCGGUUCAAGACAGCAGCAGGGAAAGAUGUGGUGUGCAUUAGGUCUUUUCAGCUAACUCAAAAGGCAACAAAGAUGGAGUACAAGGCCAUUGAGAGUGUACUACAGACUAUCAAUCCUCACACUGGAGAGAAAGUUUGCCUAAGCUAUAGAUGUGCCGAUAUGGACCGAGAAAUCCCUGCUCUCAUGGGUGUCUCAAAGGCCAUUCUUGAAAAUGUGAUUUUUGUUCACCAAGAUGAGGCAAACUGGCCAUUGCAAGAUCCUUCUACACUGAAAAAGAAGUUUGAUGAUAUUUUCUCCGCUACUAGGUACACAAAGGCGUUGGAAGUUAUUAAAAAGCUUCACAAGGAUCAAGCUCAAGAAAUAAAGACAUAUAAGUUGAAACUGGAGAAUCUUCAGACAUUGAAAGAUGCUGCUUACAAGUUGCGGGAAAGCAUCGCCCAAGAUAAAGAGAAAACAGAGUCACUGAAAAGUCAGAUGGAGGAGCUUGAAAAAGAGAUUCAGACUCUAGAGAGUAAGAUCCACCAUGCUGAAGCAACUUUAAAGGACCUUCAUCAAUUGCAGCGAGAGAUAGCCACCAAAACUGCUGAAAGGAAAACAUUGUUCAAGGAACAGGAAAAACAGUAUGCUGCACUUACAGAGGAGAAUGAAGACACUGAUGAAGAGCUGAGUGAAUGGAAAACAAAGUUUGAUGAAAGGAUAGCGCUUCUGGAAUCGAAAAUUAGCAAAUUGGAGAGGGAAAUGAAUGACUCAGAGACAAAGAGUUCCCUUCUUAAGCAGUCCAUAACAGACUAUAUCGUGGAGAUCAGCAAGCUUCAAGCUGAGGCUGAAGCUCUUGCGGUGUUAAAGAAUGAAAGAGACGUCACUAUCAGGAAGCUUUUUGACAGACAUAACUUAGGUGCUGUUCCAAGUGGGCCGCUCAGUGAUGAUGUCGCAUUGAAUUUAAUGAAUCGUAUAAAACUACGAUUAGCACAUCUUGAUAAGGAUUUACAAGAUAAAAAGGAAUCAAAUGAGGCAGAAAUUGCAGCUGCGUGGAAUCAAUACGAAAUUGCAAAUAACCUCUGGAAUGAAAAGGAGGCGCAAAAACUGGCUAGAGCAGAUAUUAAGAAUGGCAUUUUGAAGCGUAUUGAAGAGAAGGAGAAUGAGCGUAAUGAGUUUGAACGUGAGAUUUCUAAUGUUAAUAUGGCUCAUCUUGAUGAGAGAGAGAAGAAAAUGCAAAUUGAAUGCGAGAGAAAGUCUAAGCAGCUUGCAGAAAGAGAAUUUGACUCAAACAUAAGGCAAAAGCAGACUGAGAUGUUCACCAUAGACCAAAAACUUAAAGAUCUUCAUGCUGAAAAAGAUCGUAUGGCCAAUGAGUCUGAGGAUAGAAUUAAGCUCUCUCUUAAGAAGGCAGAGCUGGAAACUCUCAAGAAGAAACAUAAAAAGCUAAUGGAUGAUAACAAGGAUACGGUAAAAGGAGUAUUGAAAGGAAGGCUUCCAUCUGACAAGGACUUGAAGAAAGAAAUUACUCAGGCACAAAGGGCGCUCCAGAGAGAGUUUGAUGACUUGAGUGCCAAAGCCCGCGAAGCCGAGAAGGAGGUCAAUAUGUCGCAGAUGAAAAUAGAAGAAGUUAAGCAUAACUUGUCCAAAUAUCACAAGGACAUGGACUCAAGAAGGAGAUUUCUGGAAUCAAAGCUCCAGUUGCUGGCCCAGGAAUUUGCUGGUGUAGAGUCCUAUCCCAAAAUUAUGGACUCAGCCAAAGAAAAAAGGGAUGUCCAAAAAAGCAAGUACAACAUUGCCGAUGGUAUGCGGCAAAUGUUUGAUCCAUUUGAAAGAGUUGCUCGUGCUCAUCACAUUUGCCCUUGCUGUGAGCGUCCGUUCUCUGCUGAAGAGGAGGAUGAAUUUGUUAAGAAGCAACGAGUGAAAGCUGCUAGCUCUGCUGAACAUAUUAAAGUAUUAGCUAUGGAUUCUUCAAAUGCUGAUUCUCGUUUCCAACAGUUAGACAAGCUUCGUUUGGUUUAUGAAGAGUAUCUCAAAGUUGGAAAGGAAUCAAUUCCUCUAGCAGAGAAGAACCUGAAUGAGCUAAAUGAAGAAUUAGAUCACAAAAAUCAGGCUCUUGAUGAUGUUUUAGGUGUCUUGGCUCAGAUAAAGGCUGAGAAGGAUGCAGUUGAUGCGCUAAUACAACCUGUAGAAACAUCUGACAGGCUUUUCCAAGAAAUUCAAACUCUGCAGAAGCAAGUCGAUGAUUUGGAUUAUGGUCUUGAUAUCCGUGGGCAAGGCAUAAGAUCUAUGGAGGAAAUUCAAUCGGAAUUGGAUGAACUGCAGAGCAAAAGGGAAAAUUUGUCUUCGGAAGUGGAGAAACUGAAAGAUGAUCGGAGGUACAUGGAAAAUGAGUUUUCAAGUUUCCAAUUAAGAUGGUUUACUGUAAGGGAAGAGAAGACGCAAGCAGCAAACAAAUUGAACAAUGUUAAAAGGGCAGAAGAGGAAUUGGAUGACUUGGUGGAGCAGAAAAAUAAAGUUGAGCUUGAAGAGAAGCAUCUUGCAGAGGCUGUUGGUCCCUUGUCGAAGGAAAAGGACAAGCACUUUAGGGACUACCAAAAUCUGAAAACAAAACUUAGCAAGGAGUUGGAAGAGCAGGCAGAAAUUAGAAGACAUUAUCAACAAGAUGUAGAUGAACUUAAGAAGAUUACCUCCAAAAUUAGAGAGUAUUAUGAGUUAAAGAAAGAACAAAAAUUGAAUGAACUGCAGGACAAGCGAAGCCUGUCAGAAUCUCAGCUUCAAAAUUGUGAGUCCAGAAAGCAAGAGAUUUCGGCUGAAGUGGCGAAAAGUAAUGCUUUAAUGCAGAACCAGGACAGUUUGAGACGCAACAUUGAGGAUAACUUGAACUAUAGGAAAACUAAGGCUGAAGUUGAUAAGCUCACCCGUGAGAUUGAAUUACUGGAAGAUAAAGUGCUGAAGAUGGGUGGCCUCUCCACUAUUGAGGCUGAGCUUAAAAAGCUUUCACAUGAAAGAGAGAAGCUACUUUCUGAGUUAAACAAGUGCCAUGGUACCCUAUCUGUUUAUCAAAGCAGCAUUUCCAAGAACAAAGUUGAUCUUAAGCAGGCACAGUACAAGGAUAUUGACAAACGCUAUUUUGAUCAGUUAAUCCAGCUGAAGACUACGGAGAUGGCAAACAAGGAUCUGGACAGAUAUUACAGUGCCCUUGACAAAGCACUGAUGCGCUUCCAUACAAUGAAAAUGGAAGAGAUCAAUAAGAUUAUCAGGGAACUGUGGCAGCAGACUUACAGGGGCCAGGACAUAGAUUACAUAAGCAUUCAUUCAGAUUCCGAAGGUUCUGGUACUCGAUCCUACAGCUAUAGGGUUUUGAUGCAAACUGGUGAUACUGAGCUAGAGAUGCGAGGGAGGUGUAGCGCUGGCCAAAAGGUCCUUGCAUCACUUAUUAUAAGAUUGGCAUUGGCUGAAACGUUUUGUCUCAACUGCGGAAUUCUCGCACUGGAUGAACCAACCACAAACCUAGAUGGCCCCAACAGUGAGAGUCUUGCAGCAGCUCUCUUAAGAAUUAUGGAGGACAGGAAAGGUCAAGAAAACUUCCAAUUAAUUGUCAUUACACAUGACGAGCGCUUUGCUCAAUAUAUUGGCCAGCGCCAGCAUGCAGAAAAGUAUUAUCGGGUUUCAGUCUCCGGCAGUGAUUAUUCGGUAGACGCUUCAUGCUUGACUUAG